CCGAGAGACGGGUACUUGGCGCCAAUCCCACGCGUCGCAAUGCACAUUUCCCCGCCACGAGGCUGAUGUCUCCGCAACUCUCCCUUGCACCUUGGACCCUACCUUCGCACAGCCACAGUGACGACUACGCCUACGACUCUUGCAACCAAACAUCCUUUGCCUCAGCUUCCCAUAACUUCAACUCCUCAUUCGGAACUACAGAUGGGUAACCUUUGCGGCAAACAGUCCAAAGACAACUUCGAAGGCCAAGGGCGCACACUCGGGUCUGCGCCUGCGUCCGCGACCAAAGCAUCUGUGCCGAACAAUGUUGCGCCGUCAAAGCCCAAGGUGGGAGGACCAGCGCGGACGCUAGGAGACAGCAACCGCGAAGACGAUCCGAAGGCUGCCGCCGCCGCUGCAGCAGAGGCACGCGCAAACAAAGCCACAUCCGGCGACCUCCAGAAGAAGCUCGACGCCCAGAAGCGCCAGACGAACAACCAAACUCUCCAACAAGCCGCCAACGAGAGCCGUCUUGCACGAGAAGCCGACCAAGCGGCCGAGACAAGGAACUACAACUGACACUCUUGAGAUGGGGAAGGAUAAGAGUGGGGGACUAUUGUACAUACCGGCCUUUACGAUUCACGACAUUGAUAAUAUUGAUACAAGCGGUGGUUUGGCGCAUUUCACCCAUGCAUGAGCCUGGCGUUGAGC